AUGGACCGCUAUCUCUCGCGCAAGAGACCACGCAGUCCUGCGGUAGCCGACGCCGACACCACCAACGACGAUGAAGCCUCGACAGAUAUCAAACUCGCUCAGCUUGUGUCCCUUUUCGCAGACACGCCGCAGGACACUCUUCUCGAUAUCCUUGUCUCUUGUGGUGGCUCGGUCGAGUCUGCGAUUACCACAAUAACGGAACAGAAACAGAUAGCCUCGUCGCCAACGGCUCUAGGCAAACGGGUAAAGACGACGAAUGGGGCCUCAGCUAUCCAGACGUCCCUGACUUCGCAUGUCCUUCAGUCGCCAUCUGGACAAGGUGACAGUCCAGCUAAGCGCAGAAACCCGGUGCAAAAGGGUAAGACGCUGUACCUGUAUAGCCCCGAAGACGUUUCGGCGCAUACGUCCUGCACAAUCAUCCACAACUUCCUGCCCGCAGAGCAGGCGAAUGCGCUUCUGCUUGAGCUCCUCGACGAGUCGAAGCAUUUCUCGCGGUACCAGUUGCAGAUCUUCGAGCGGACGGUCGAAAGCCCGCAUUCGACAUGCGUCUAUGUUUCCACGCCGGAAGAGCAGGACCAGCAUAUGAAUGAUUAUUCGUAUGGUGGUUCCUACCACACGAAUAUUCGACAGGCAACGCCUCACCUCCGCGGAAUCUCUGCACGAGUCCAAGAGGCAGUGAAUGCGGAGAUUCAGAAACGCAUUCGCGACGUCUAUCCCGGGGGCAAGAAGCUCAAGUAUCAGUCUCCGAGGGAGUGGAUGCCUAAUGCUGCCUUUGUCAACUGCUAUGAUGGCCCCGCGGAGAGCGUAGGGUAUCAUACCGAUCAUCUUACGUAUCUCGGCCCUCGCGCGGUUAUUGGCAGUCUCAGUCUAGGUGUCCAGCGGGAGUUUCGUGUGCGGCGGAUAGUUGCGGAUGAGGGUGAAUCUGGAGAGGAGAGAGGGGAUGCAAAGGCUCAUGCUCAGGGCCAGAUAUCCAUCCCCCUACCACAUAAUUCUCUUCUAGUAAUGCACGCACAGACGCAGGAGGAAUGGAAACAUGCGAUUGCACCCGCCCACACCAUCUCCCCGCAUCCGCUGUCCGGUAAUCGUCGCAUCAAUGUCACCUACCGCUGGUACCGGGACUCGUUACAUCCGCGAAAUAUCCCACGCUGUCGCUGCAACGCCCAUGCAGUUUUAAAGUGUGUCCAGCGUAAGCGUGACAGUAGGGGUCGCUAUAUGUGGACAUGUUAUAUGGGUUCUAAACCUGGAAAGAAGGGCUGCGGUUUCUUUCAAUGGGCCGAGUUUGACGAUGACGGCGAGCCGCUUUGGAAGCCACCGCAAGUCAACAACGAACAAGACAACGAGGUCCCUAGAUUGACGAACUUUGCUGAAUAG